GUAACCAGCCUUUCUGUUCUCUGGUUUGGCCCUGGUUAGUCUUAAACUGGAGGGCUGAUGUGACUCGCCAGCUCAGUGCUGCUCCGCCGCCAGGUUAGAAAGUCCCGCUGUAUCUGGAGACUGGGUUGUUAGUCCAGAUGCUUUCUGGGAGGUCCUGGGGUCUCUUCACUGUGCUCUCCAAGCUUCGAAGGCCCAGCGCCUGGUGUGUCUAGCUUGUAUGGCGUUUCUGUCUGGUUUUGGUCCCAACUGACCAAUGGAAGAGAAGAAUAAGACUGCAGUGCUUGAGUUUCUCUUCCUUGGAAUCACAGACAACCUUCCUCAGAAGAUUGUCCUGUUCACCAUGAUUUUCUUUGUUUAUCUUGUCACCUUUGGGGGUAACGUGGGCAUGAUCACUCUCAUAUGGGUGGACCCCAGGCUGCACACACCUAUGUACUUUUUUCUCAGCCACCUGUCCUUUAUAGAUGCAUGCUCCUCUUCUUCUAUAGCUCCCAAGAUGCUGUAUGACAUUUUUGCAGAGAGCAAAGCCAUCUCUUUCAUGGGCUGUGCAGCACAGAUGUGGUUCUUUGGUCUCUUUGUGGCAACCGAGUGUUUUCUCCUGGCUGCCAUGGCCUAUGAUCGGUAUGCAGCCAUCUGUAAACCCUUGCUGUAUACACUCAUUAUGUCCCAGCAUGUCUGUAUGUUGUUGGUUAUUGGACCUUAUGCCAUUGCUAUUAUAAGUACAAUGACCCACACAACUUUAACCUUUAGCUUACCAUUCUGUGGUCCACACAUUAUCAACCACUUUUUCUGUGAUAUUUCCCCAUUGUUGUCUCUAGCAUGUACUGACACCCAGAUCAAUAAGUUGGUGCUUUUUGUCUUGGCUGGAGCAGUAGGUGUGCUCAGUGGUGUGAUCAUCCUGGUCUCCUAUGUUUGCAUCUUGAUGACAAUUUUGAAAAUUCAGACAGGCAAUGGGAGACGAAAAGCUUUCUCAACUUGUUCCUCUCACUUAGCAACUGUCUCUAUCCUGUAUGGGACACUUUUCUUCAUCUAUGUUCGACCUAAUACCAGUUCCUCCCUGGAUAUUAAUAAAGUGAUUGCCUUAUUUUAUACUGUGGUGAUCCCCAUGCUGAACCCCCUCAUCUACAGCUUGAGGAACAAAGAAGUGAAAGAUGCAUUCAGGAGAACUUUGGAAAAAAAACACUUUCUAAUAUGUGCUUAA